AUGAAUUCUAGUAACGGCGAGACUUUAUUGCGCCAUUUCAACCCUUAUCUGGAAAACGAAUUUAAGUAUUAUCUCAUAUUUUUCAUUGUGUCUGGUAUAAUAGUUUUAUCGAUUUUUGCGAUCUAUUUAAACGUAUACAAAUUGAAUAAAUCACGUGAUCAGGAAACUGCAGUUUUUCAAAUUAUCGACCAUUUUCAUGAAAUCAAUAAAAAAUUGACCAUGGCGUUUUGGUGCUUUGUGGCUUUUGAAUAUUUGUUGUACUACUUGGAUUAUUUGACCUUGUUUUAUUUAUUCCUUAUCUUCAGUGCGCUACCAUUUGCAUGUGUAUCAGAAGUCAAUCAAUUUCUGAUUGGUUUAUUGGCAAUUCAACGAUUCUUCGUUUAUUUCUAUCCGAGCACCGAGAAAUACUUGAAUUUCUCCAGAAGAACGGUGAACUGGAUUCUGGUAGUUGCCUAUGCAUGUUCAAUUUCAGAAGGUAUUUUUCUAUUGAAAACAAGCUCAGAAAAAGAACCAAAUUUAUCAAUAUCUGCUAUGGAAGAUAAUUACUCAGUUCUCAGUUACUUUUUUCUAUUCUAUGCCUUGUAUGGAGUGUUAGACAAUGAAGAUAAACCGUUUCUUCGAAUUUCUGCAGCAAUUGAAUGUUCAAAAAUUUUCGACGCUUUGCUGAUGCCAACAAUCACUCAAAUCACAUAUCUUGGAUGUAAUAGGAGGAAUGUGAUGGCUUUAUGGAAGACGGUUAAGCCCAAAUGGUUUUUCAAAAGUUCUAGAAGAAUCGAUUCGGAUGUUCGAGUUCAAUACGGGCAGAGAGUUGAGACCACACUUUAG